UAACAGCCAUUUCUAAUACAAUAGAUCGCAUGAAACUAAAGCGUCGUGUUUUUUUGUAAGAGUUUAAAGGAGAUCAAAAUUUCUUCUUUCAAUAUUAUUUUUUAAACAUAAAUUAAAGAAAAAUACAACACAAUGGCAGCUACAAUGCCAAUAAAUCCAAAACCAUUUUUAAAUGGUUUAACAGGUAAACCUGUUAUGGUAAAAUUAAAAUGGGGUCACGAAUAUAAAGGCUAUCUUGUUUCUGUCGAUGGAUAUAUGAACUUACAAUUAGCUAAUACAGAGGAACAUAUAGAUGGAAAUUGUACUGGCAAUCUUGGUGAAGUUUUAAUCAGAUGUAAUAAUGUAAUGUAUAUAAGAGGUGUAGAAGAAGAAGAUGAAGAAGGAGAAAUGAAGGAUUAGAUUUUAUAUUGUUUAUACAUUAAUUUAAAAUGUUUAUUUUUAAGUAAGAUUAAUUGUC